CCGCCCGCCGGCCGGCCUCCGCGAGCUGUUCUGAAAGUGACCCUGGGCCGGGCGGCGGGCGGCGGGCGCGGGCCGGGCGGCGGGAACCAUGACAGAAGAUGACCGAGGCGGCGCUGGUGGAGGGCCAGGUCAAGCUGCGGGACGGCAAGAAGGGACCGGGCGGAGCGCGCCAAGGGCCUGCGGGAGCGCAGCAGCCUGACGCUGGAGGACAUCUGCGGCCUGGAGCCCGGCCUGGCCUACGAGGGCCUGGCCCACACGCUGGCCAUCGUCUGCCUGUCGCAGGCCGUCAUGCUGGGCUUCGACAGCCGCGAGGCCAUGUGCGCCUGGGACGCCCGCAUCCGCUACGCCCUCGGCGAGGUGCACAGGUUCCCCGUGACGGUGGCUCCGGGCACCAAGCUGGAGAGCGGCCCUGCCACCCUCCACCUCUGCAACGACAUGCUGGUGGUGGCCAGGGCCGUGCCCCCGGCCGUCGCGGGGCAGUGGAAGCUGUCGGACCUGCGGCGCUACGGGGCCGUGCCCCACGGCUUCAUCUUGGAAGGCGGGACCAGGUGUGGCUACUGGGCUGGAGUCUUCUUCCUGUCCUCUGCCGAGGGGGAGCGGAUCAGCUUCCUGUUCGACUGCAUCGUCCGGGGCAUCUCCCCGAGCAAGGGCCCCUCUGGGCUGCGGCCGGUUCUCCCAGACGCCGGCCCCGGGGCCCCCGCCACCGCGGAGGAGCGAGUGGCCCAGGAGGCCCUGGAGGCCCUGCAGCUGGAGAAGCGGCUCAGCCUCUUGUCCCACUGCGGCCGGCCGGGCAGCGGAGGGGACGACCGCAGCCUGUCCAGCUCCUCGUCGGAGGCCAGCCACUCGGACGUCAGCGCCAGCAGCCGGCUCGCCGCGUGGCCGGAGCCGUCCUCGUCCUCCGCCAGCGCGUCGCAGGAGGGGCCCGGGCUGCCGGCUUCCGCCCUCGCCCUCGGGGAGGCCGCGCCGGGCGCCUCCAGGCCGCCGCCCAGGCCGCUGCGGCCGCGGCAGCUGCAGGAGGUGGGCCGCCAGAGCUCCUCGGACAGCGGCAUCGCCACGGGCAGCCACUCCUCCUACUCGGGCAGCUGCUCGUCCUGCGCGGGGAGCAGCCUGGACGUGUGGCGCGCGGGCGACGAGUUCGGCUCGCAGCUCAGCCUGCCGCCGGCGGCGGGGGCGCCCGAGCCCCGCCUGUGCGCCUGCCCGCCCGGGACCGCGGAGUACCAGGUGCCCGGCGCCCCGCGGCCCCACUACGACACGCCCCGCAGCCUGCGCCAGGCCCCCCGGGACCGGGCCCCGGCGGCGCAGGGCGGCCUGGGCGACAGCGCAGCCGGGGACCCGGGCGGCCCGACGUCCGCGGGGUGUCCCUCUGGCUGGCUGGGCGCGAGACGGCGGGGCCAGGAGACGGAGGCCCCCGGCAGCGAGGCGGCGCCGCCCGGCCCGGCCCCUCGAGAGCCCUGGGAAGCAGGCGGCCUCCGCGCGGGGCCCCCUCCGGCUUUCUUUGCCCCGUGUCCGGUCUGCGGGGGACUCAAGGUAAACCCCCCUCCCUGAACAGGACAGGAGGACGCGGCCUCCGCGGGGCGGCCCUUUGCCGUUCGGUGACCCCGGCAGCGUGCGGCUCAGCGGGGAGCGCAACCACCCCAGGGCCGGCCUUUGGGGCGUCGGGGCCGCAAGGGGGUGUUGCCGCCGCUGGCGAACCCGCAGGACCGGGUGGUCCCACCGGCGCUGCUGGAAGUGCCUCCUGGAUUCCAGCGGAGGCGGCAGGAGGGGCGGGGCGGGGGUGGGGGGGGCGGGCCCCCAGGCCUGGCCCUGCUCGGCCCAGAGGCGCCGCCCACCCGCCCGCUGCCUCCUCGGACAGCCCCGCCCGCUGCCCGGUCACUGCCCGGUCGGGUCCCCUCCCCCGUCGCGCAGGCACCGCCCGCAGUGAAGUCCCCGGUCAGCUCCAUUCACGCGUCGCGUCUGGGAACGUGAGCCCGAGACAGCCUUGCGGCGCGUCCGAGUGUAGGGCGAACCUUCCUUGUCCCCGCCUCCUGCUCGGACCCGGACCCACACCCACACCCACACCCACAGGCGGCCUGUCCUGUGGGGAGGAAACUGAGGCUCGGGAGGCGCAGGGACUGUGGGGCUGGCCCUCCUGACUCUGGACCGCCCUUCCGCUCACUCCACACCAGCUGCGUCCUGGAUGGUCCGGCAGGGGCGGGGGCAGGGCCUGGACACCUGCUGUGGCCAGCCUGGCGGGGCCCAGCUGUACCAGCUGCAAAAGGGCUGGCGGGCGGCGCUCAGACGCAGGGGGGCCGCGCUUCGGGCCUGUCCCUCUGCGACUGUCCUGGGUCCUGGGCCCUGGGCCUGUGACCCCGCUCCUGCCGGUGCCCUCGAGGCCAACUGCCGCCUGCAUGGAGUGCGCUGUCUGCCCUCGGCUGUGCGUUCGCGCUGCGAUUUCAGAGGCACCGCAAGCGGCCUGUGCCCGUGGAUUCUGGACUCUGGGUGGCGUGUCCCUCCUCCGGAAUCACCGUCGGGCCAAGUGCUCACCGUUACUGUCCGCUUCAUACCUUCACUGUCGGCCGAAGGCGGUUGUUGCUCUUUUACAUUUUUAAACCUGACAGUUUGUAAUGAAUUCUUGGACCGGAAAUAAAAGGUUCUUUUCUUA